AUGAGCGAGGCCAGCCGGCUGUGCUCGGGCUACUACAGCCUCAACCGCAGCUUCGUGGAGCCCUUCCAGUGCCCCCGGCGCGGCGAGGGGGCCGCGCUCGUCUACUGCUGCGGCUUCGCCGACCUCAAGUACUGCUGCAGCGAGCCGGGCAGCUACUUCCCCUACAAGCACAGCUACAUGUGGAGCCUCAGCAUUGGUGCCCUGAUUGGAUUGGGAAUUGCUGCCCUUGUUUUACUUGCCUUUGUCAUCAGCGUCUGUGUCCUUUGUUAUUUAUGGCUGUAUACAAAGCCUCAAAGAUUAGACACUGGCCUUAAACUUCAACACCUAGAGGCUUCUUCUACUCAAGAAGGCAACUCAAAUAAAAAAACCAAAGCCCUCACUUCAAAUGCAGCAUCAAAUUCAACAAAUGAAACAUUCUAUGAAGCUGAUGAUAUAAUAUAA